UCGGCAUGUGCGCAGAAUUAAAAAAUUCAAUUAAAAAGGCCUCGGCGAGGUGAAUUACGCCGGUGUAAAUAAAGUCGGAAAGCUCACACAUAAGACCGAGUGUCGUUCGGCUCACUGCACCAUUGGCUCCGCUAAUUACAGCCGGCGCGGAUUCGAUUUUGCAGCUGAAAAGCUGCGACCCGCAAUUUCACGGCUCGGGGGAAGCAAUGAGCGCGCCUCUCAGUAGACUAGUUUUCAUCGUCGACAACUGUUUCUCCCCGUGCUGAAAAUGAAAAUUUACGUUUCAAGAAAUUUCAGAGCUUCGGCUACUCUCUUGAUUCUCUGCUUCGGACUAGUCGAGUGUCUGCGGAUCGGAUCUUUGAGGGACGACGUGAUCGAGCGGUUCUACUACACCGUGCAGAACAAAUCGGCGGACGAGGAAUCGGUCAGCGAGGUGGAGUUUCUGGUGAUCGGUAGGAAGGUCCCGUGGAUGGAAGCUAAAGCUCUGUGUCCGUCUUACGAUGACGAUUCCUCCAGCCAUCAGCAGAUGAUCAACCCGGAGGACGUCAUCGAGUUGGAUAACACGAUUCAAGGCGGUGGAAAGGAUAGCAAUACCAGUCUGGCCACUUUUAGGAACGAGGAGGAGAGAAAUUGGCUUGCUCGGAUGCUGUCAGAGUCGAACUACCGAUACGAAGGCUUGUGGAUCGGCGGUAGUCGGAGGAACAAGUCGGACAGUUGGCGUUGGACCAGCGAGCAGAAGAUGGAGGAUUCCGUGCUUUCGAACUCUAUGGUCUACGAGAAUUACCCUGCCUGGUACACCGUUUCGCAUGAGACCGUUGCCGAGCAGAACUGCCUCUUGUUCAACAGGAUCGGUCACGACGUGCCGGUUUUCAUACCGGAGAAGUGCAAUUUGCCGAGACCCUUUAUUUGCAUGAGAGACGCGAAAAAGAGAUCCUCAGAAAAAAUUUCCGAAGCCGCGAGCAUAUCGAUCGACGGCUACCGAUACACCCUCUACCGCGUGACGGACAACACCGACGACUGCCACAAAAGCGCCGACGUAAAGAGGCUGAACGGCGGAGGGGUCAGCUGGAGGGACGCGAUGUUCGAGUGCAGGAAACGUGGACAGCACCUGGCGAUGGUGUUCACCAACGAAGCCGCCACCGCUAUCGCCGAUAUGAUGCUCAAGAACAGGCCAUCGAUGGAGAACGUGUGGCUGGGCGGUUGGAGCUCGGAAGGCAAGGACUGGACUUGGGUGUCGUCUGGGUCGACCCUGUCAAUGACGAAAUCCAGCACCACUCGAUAUCCGCCCUGGCUCGAGGGUCACCCCGUCGCCAUAUCAAAGAGCGACUACUACUACCAGAGAAGGAGUCGAUGCUUGAUCCUCGAUCGUCACCUCUGCCCUGAUCAAAUCGCCCCCGUUUUUCUCGACUUGGAUUGCGAGAAGGAGAGGCCUUUCGUUUGUCAAGAUGGUCUCGGUAUAGGAAAUCAACGGAACCUCGCCAGAAGAAGCAUCGUCGAGGACGAGAUCUACGAAUUCUCCGAGGACAAGAUGGCCUACAGCGAAGGCGAGGACUACUGCAACAUCAGGAACGGUCAAAUCGCCAGUAUACUCAACUCCAAAUCGUUGUCCGCCUGUCUCGACAAGAUGUCCGAACUGUCGAUCGACCACGUCUGGAUAAACGGCCGAACGCUCAAGGUCAAAAACGAGUACCGCUGGGUGGACGAGAACGACAAGCCCUUAUCCCCCAAAGGCAUAGGUGCGGGUACCUCCUGGUGCUUCGGCGAGGAGAACGACUUCCUGCCGAAAGCCGAGCCCAACAGCUGUCUGAACCUGGACUACGAAGCCCGGGGAUUCCCCCUGUUCUAUGGUCUACCCUGUAACUCCAGCCAGAUAGUCCUCUGCAGCUUGCAGAAUCAUUCGGAAAAGGUGGUCGAAGUCCACGCUGACGAGGUCGACACCAGGUCCUUCGGCAGCAUCAAGGACAAGAAGCAGAUGAAGAACGAAACAGAGCCGUCCGUUGCGAACACGACGACGACUCUCGCGCCUGAUUUCACCACGACGAUUAGUCCUGUAGUCGAUAAAGACUUGGGAAUGACGACGGAAGGUACGAGAGAUGCUAAUUAGCGGAGAUGAAGAGAAAGCUCAUUUUCGACGAAAUCCUGAACGUUUUUGUAGUCGAGAGAAAGAUGAGAGAGAGCCGGAGGAAGUGGGAACAGGUGCUCAGGAUGAGGAGGAUUCUGCUCUGCGAUCUCAAGUGCUCCUGACUUGUCGCUGCGCAAAGCCGUGGAAAAUUGUUGUUUUUGAACGCGUGUCGAGGGAUUUGUUAAUUGUCGAAUUUUAAUUUUUAUCGAAGAAUAUAAAUUGUGUAAGAAUAUAUCGAGCGAUUUUCUUCAUUUCUCAAACCAACUCGUUUUUCAACCAAAUAUGACCGCGGUUUGAAAGGAUAUGCGAGGGUCAUCGAGUAACUAGACACUUUAUACAUAACAUACAUAUUCAUUAUUCAAGAUUUUACAUCAUAAUAUAACAUUAUAUUUCUAAACACAACGCUAACAUAUAUUUCUAUAUGCUCAAAUUGGUUUCAAUUGUAAACUUUCUCAUUUGAUACCUGGUAAUCAUAAAAAAUUUUCUAUUAAAUUGAUAAGAAACAAAUUCUUAACUUGCAUUACAGCUAGAACAGACUGCAUUCUUUAUUAUCUUUAAAUCAUUUUCAUAUGUUUCUAAUACAUUAUUUGCACACUUAUACAUGAGCAUGCAUUUGUACAUCUAUGUAUAAGCAUGGGUAUGUACAAAAUGGAGAACGGAUAACAGAAUUAGAAAAGCAAUAUCUUCCUAUUUCUUAGAAUUUUUCUUUCAUAAAGAACAUUUAUUUAAAAAAAUACAAUAAACAAGUAUUACAACUUCUCAAGGUAGUCCUUUUACAAAGUAGAAAAUAAAUUGGAAAGUUUUAUGCUUGAAAGUACUCUCUCUCUCUCUUUCAAUACGUUUCAAGUUGAAAAAAAUCAAUGUAGUAAAAAGUUCGAUUACAAAACGAUGCCAACAUAUUAAUUAUGUUUAAAAAAAGUUAGAAAAUUAAAGAAGCAAAUUGCAAAAUUUGUGAAAGAAUUACCUCAAGUGACGAUUAAUCUGUAUAUCAAAGCAUAUGUAUAGAUAAAAUUCUCAUGAGACAGUCAAUGAGAGUUUCAACACUGCUAAUUAUGUUUUGCAGAUUAUAUUUUAAUGCAAUGCGUUAACUGCUAAACACAGGCACUAUUUAUGUAAUAAAAACUUACAACCUAGACAAUAAAGUCCGUUAAUCGCGCUUUUCAGUUAAAAUUUGUAUAGCAACAUUCUCAAAGAAUAUUUUUUUCGUACUCUGA